AUGCGCUGUGCGCUCGGAGUGGGGGGAACACACACGACCUUGGGCAAGGUGCUGGCGUUGGCUCUGCUGGCCGUGCUGGUGUGCAGCGCGACAGGCCAAGGCUACGGUCGUGCCACGAGCAAGACCUACCACGGGGUGCGAGGCAAGGCGCACCGCGAAACUGCGACCACUGGCUACGAUGGCAAGACGCAUGAGGCCACCCAUGGGGAUGCGAGCAAGGGCAACGGCCGCUCCAAGAGAGGCUACAGCCAGGCGCCUCCGCUGCCCAAGAUCCUGUACCUGGAGGUGGACAAGUGCGUGUGCUCCAAGACGGAGAGCAAGGAGUGCUGCGCCUAUGUGGAACACAUCUGCGGCUGGUACGACCACAUCAGGCUGGACUGCUACACCGCCAAGGACUUGUGCAUGGAGGUCAAUGACGACACCAAGUGGGGAAGGGUCAAGGCGCACCAGGCCGCAGUGGCCAAAGUGAAGGCGCUAUUCGAAGGGGAGCUGGACACAUGCGUUUGUUGGAACUCUUUUCUUCAACGUAUAGGUCGAUCCAUUUCUGUCGACACCAUUCUCGGGGGCAGCCCUUCUUUUGGCAGCAAGGGGUGUGCUGGGAUGUGCCUGACUGAUGCUCUGUGUGGCUCGCCUCAGUUGCGCCGGCGCCCACUCCAGUUCAUGUGGAAGCACCUCCUGGCCCCGACGGAAGACCCGGCACUCCAGGCAAACCCGGAGCCCCGGGUGCGAAGGGCGACAAAGGUGACCCUGGCACACCGGGACACAGCGGCCAGCCGGGGUCCCAGGGACCACGCGGACAGGACGGCGUUCCCGGACAGCCUGGAGCGAGGGGCGAGGCAGGAGCGGCUGGACGUGAUGGCGCGCCUGGCAAUCCCGGCAUUCCCGGCGCCAUGGGAGGGCGCGGUGCCAUGGGCCCAGCAGGGGCUCCCGGCGGCACAGGGCAACCGGGAGCGCGCGGAGACCCCGGACAACUGGGUCAUCCAGGCAGGGACGGCGUCGACGGACAGCCUGGAGCUGAUGGUGCGCCUGGCGUCCAGGGUGCUCCUGGCGACCGCGGCGCCGUUGGUCCCCCGGGUCUCAUCGGCAUUCCUGGACAGCCCGGCGCCCAGGGCAUCCCGGGCGAAGCCGGCAAGGACGGCUGGCACGGGGUGGACGGCACUCCCGGCCGGGACGGCAGGGACGGCACAGCGGGCAAAGAUGGGGCGGACGGGCAGCCCGGCAGACCUGGAAGGCCAGGCCAGCCGGGCACGCCUGGCACGCCAGGACAGCCGGGGCCCCCUGGAGGCUACGAUCACCACGGUGCCAAACACGGGGGCAAGCAUGGGGGACAUGACCACUACUACCAGGUGCCUGGAGAUCACUCCGACCAUGCCGCCACGCAUGGGGAGCAGGGGGUUGAUGACCAGUAUUACGAGGUGCCUGGAGAUCAAGCCAGACAAGAUCCAACACAAGGGGAGCAUCGCAGGGACGAAACCCGCAACGAACCUGGGGUUGGACGGAGGUGAUGUCGCUCCCCUCGGGUGA